AGCACGGAUGAAACGACGGACGGAGCGGAGAGAAUUUGGACUGCGAAGAGAACAAGACCUAACGUUGAACUGAUUUGAUAAGUGUCAGAUAUUAAAUUAGUGGGUAGUAUUAGUUAGUUUUUUAAUCCCUUUAUAAGUGAACGCUAGUCUCGGACAUUCCCAUCGUUUGCGUGCAUUGAUAAACACAAGACUUGACUUCACCCUGUCUCUUAUGAAUAUUGAAUUCGCGGUAUGAAUUGUUUACAUCUGAUAGUUUGAUGGGGCUUUUAAGGAUUAUGAUGCCUCCCAAGUUACAGCUUUUGUCUAUUUUGGUUUUUGGAGUGUCGAUGCUCUUCAUUGAAAACCAAAUCCAGAAAUUGGAGGAGUCGCGGGCAAAACUGGAGCGUACCAUCGCCAGACACGAGGUGAGGGAGGUGGAGCAGCGCCACACCCAAGAUGGCGUACGGAACACGCUGGCUGAGGCAGAGGACGUGGUUAUCAUAUAUAACAGGGUGCCCAAGACGGCGAGCACGUCGUUCACCAACAUCGCCUACGACCUUUGUGGAAAGAACCACUUCCACGUUUUGCACAUCAACACCACCAAGAACAAUCCUGUCAUGUCCUUACAAGACCAGGUGCGCUUUGUCCGUAACGUGACGUCCUGGAGAGCGAUGAAGCCUGGGUUCUACCACGGACAUGUGGCUUUCCUCGACUUCUCCAAGUAUGGGGUGAGAGGUAAACCCGUUUACAUCAACGUGGUCCGGGACCCCAUCCAACGCCUCGUAUCAUACUACUACUUCCUGAGGUUUGGAGAUGACUACAGGCCUGGCCUUCGACGGAGAAAACAAGGUGACAAAAAGACCUUUGAUGAGUGUGUGUCAGCAGGUGGUUCUGACUGUGCCUCUGAGAAGCUUUGGCUCCAGAUCCCGUUCUUCUGCGGACACUACUCAGAGUGCUGGAAUGUAGGCAGCAGGUGGGCCCUGGAUCAGGCCAAGUAUAACCUGCUGAAUGAAUAUCUACUAGUCGGGGUGACAGAGGAGCUGGAGGACUUUAUCAUGAUGCUGGAGGCAGCCCUGCCCCGCUUCUUCAAGGGUGCCACAGGCCUCUACAAAACAGGUAAGAAGUCCCACCUGCGUAAGACCACAGAGAAGAAGCCACCCACCAAGGAGUCCAUCGCCAAGCUGCAGCAGUCCGACAUUUGGAAGAUGGAGAACGAGUUCUACGAGUUUGCCCAGGAGCAGUUCCAGUUUGUCAGAGCCCACGCCGUCCGGGAGAAGGACGGGGAACUCUACCUGCUGGCACAGAACUUCUUCUAUGAGAAAAUCUACCCCAAAGUGAACUAGGGUGGAACUGGGUUAACAUCAGGCCAGGUGGAUGGUGAUGAGGUCUGGGUUAACAUCAGGCCAGGGGGAUGUUGAUGAGGUCUGUGUUAUCAGGCCAGGGGGAUGUUGAUGAGGUCUGUGUUAUCAGGCCAGGGGGAUGUUGAUGUGUUGAGGUCUGGGUUAACAUCAGGCCAGGGGGGAUGUUGAUGAGGUCUGUG